AUGGCUAUUGACGACUUGACUACACCGCAAGCAGCGGCCCCGCAGCCCAUUGACAUUGAAGCAUGGACCGAGCAAGCGACGGCAGCUAUGGGCUCUGUCACCAUCUCCGUACCUACCACAGUCGCUCAGGAGACGUCCGUUGCUUUCGAAAUCCCGCUCGAUGAGCACGAUGCGCCAGCCCGCCCUGCACCUGCUACAACGACUCAGGUGCACACUGUGUACAAGCGCAAGGAGCCCAUUCGCCGCGACAGCUUGAAGAGGCGUGAAGCGCUGCUCAAGGGCAAGGAGGGCAGUCGGCGCAGGCAGAGGUGGGAGAACGACCGCCUCCUAAACAAUCCCCACGUCGAACCCCCCACCUCAAAAGACUGGGAGGUCCACCCCACCUACCGUGUGCGCAACGUGCCAUACUACCUCGCACCCCUCUGGGACGCGGGCCUGAAGCGGCAAUCCACUAAGCGCCACGACGCCUGUGUCGCCGAGAAAAACGCAAGCCGGACCGUAGCCAACAAGCCGACAACGCCCGGCGUGGUGCCGAAAGAACUGCGCGAGAAGCUCAAGCGCAGCCGCGGCGCAAAGGGCCUCCUUAUGGAUCUGGAGGGCGAAGUGCGCAAGUUCGUCAGCGAGUGGGAGGCCAGCGCCAGGGCGGCGGAAGAAGAGGGGUUGCCUGCAGAUCUAGACUCCGAGGAUGAAGAAAUCGUCUUCGUUGGGCGCAACGGACAGACACACGAUCAUGACGGUGCGAGUGCGCAGCUCAAGCGCGAGCUCAUGCUUUUCGAGACGCCUGAAGGUGAUAAUGGCGGCACGUUCGGACGCUGGCUUGUGCAUCAUAUUGGUGUGUACUAUGGGCUCACGACGUGGAGUGUCACUGUGGGCACUCCGGCGAGGAGGGAGGCGUACAUUGGGAUCAAGGAGACGAAGAUGAGGAGUGGUGGAAGGGCGGCGUGCAGUCCUAUGCCUACUCCGCUGUGGGGUAUGGUUUAG